ACUUCGCGCAGGUGGGCCAAUGGUGUCACGUGCUCGCGUUGCUGUCACGGAGCCGACUGAUGUGGUGGGAGGCAGAGGCUGGUGAUCAAACGAAACGUUACUUAUUGAAAACAGUUUAUACCACUGCAGUGAUCCAUCAUGGGGGAACUAUUCAGGAGUGAGGAGAUGACACUUGCACAGCUUUUCUUGCAGUCAGAAGCUGCAUACUGUUGUGUCAGUGAACUAGGAGAGCUUGGGAUGGUCCAAUUUCGAGAUCUAAAUCCAGAUGUGAAUGUAUUUCAGCGCAAAUUUGUAAAUGAGGUUCGGCGUUGUGAAGAAAUGGAUCGUAAGCUACGAUUUGUUGAAAAGGAAAUCCGAAAAGCAAAUCUUGUCAUUUUGGACACUGGAGAAAAUCCUGAAGUUCCUUUUCCUCGAGACAUGAUUGACUUGGAGGCAACUUUUGAGAAACUUGAAAAUGAACUGAAAGAAAUCAAUACUAACCAGGAGGCAUUAAAACGCAACUUCUUAGAGCUGACUGAACUGAAAUAUAUUCUACGCAGAACUCAGCAGUUCUUUGAUGAGGCUGAAUUGCAUCAUCAGCAGAUGUCUGAUCCGGACCUACUGGAGGAAUCGUCUUCCCUGCUGGAUCCAAGUGAGCUGGGACGCGGUGCCCCCUUGAGACUUGGCUUUGUAGCUGGAGUGAUUAACCGAGAGAGGAUUCCUACGUUUGAACGAAUGUUGUGGCGAGUAUGCAGAGGAAAUGUCUUUCUACGCCAAGCUGAAAUUGAAAAUCCCUUGGAGGACCCUGUAGCUGGAGGUCAGGUAGACAAAUCCGUCUUCAUUAUUUUCUUUCAAGGUGACCAGUUGAAAAAUCGAGUGAAGAAAAUUUGUGAAGGGUUCCGAGCCUCCCUCUAUCCCUGCCCUGAGACUCCUAAUGAAAGAAAGGAAAUGUUAGCUGGUGUCAACACACGAAUCGAUGAUCUUCAAAUGGUCUUAAAUCAGACUGAGGAUCAUCGUCAGAGGGUUCUGCAGGCAGCUGCAAAGACCAUUCGUGUAUGGUUUAUUAAAGUACGAAAAAUGAAGGCUAUCUAUCAUACCCUUAACCUCUGUAAUAUUGAUGUUACUCAAAAAUGUCUAAUUGCGGAAGUCUGGUGUCCAGUUACUGACUUGGAUUCAAUUCAGUUUGCCCUCCGCAGGGGUACGGAACGCAGUGGAUCAACUGUUCCAUCCAUCUUGAACAGGAUGCAAACCAGCCAGACUCCUCCAACUUAUAACAAGACCAACAAAUUUACUUAUGGCUUUCAAAACAUUGUGGAUGCAUAUGGAAUUGGUACCUACAGGGAAAUUAAUCCUGCUCCAUAUACAAUUAUUACCUUCCCUUUUCUCUUCGCUGUUAUGUUUGGGGAUUUUGGCCAUGGCGUCUUAAUGACUGCUUUCGCCAUGUGGAUGGUGUUAAGAGAGAGCCGCAUAUUGUCUCAGAAAAGUGAAAAUGAGAUUUUCAGCACUGUCUUCAGUGGUCGCUACAUUAUUUUACUCAUGGGGAUUUUCUCUGUGUAUACUGGCCUAAUAUACAAUGACUGCUUCGCAAAGACACUCAACAUGUUUGGAUCAUCUUGGAGUGUUAGACCGAUGUUUCAGCCAACAGGAAACUGGACGGAGAAAACCCUUCAAGGUAAUCAACAUCUUCAGCUGGACCCUGCUCACCCUAAUGUCUUUAAUGGGCCAUAUCCAUUUGGAAUAGAUCCUAUAUGGAAUAUUGCUACAAACAAACUAACAUUUCUUAACUCGUUUAAAAUGAAGAUGUCUGUGAUAUUGGGUGUUGUCCAUAUGGUCUUUGGCGUUUCUCUCAGCCUCCUGAAUCACAUAUAUUUUAAAAAGCCGCUGAACAUCUAUUUUAGCUUUAUCCCCGAAAUAAUUUUUAUGUUGUGUUUGUUUGGCUACCUUGUCAUCCUCAUCUUCUACAAGUGGACUGCUUAUGAUGCUAGCACUUCAAAAGAUGCUCCCAGUCUUCUCAUCCACUUCAUCAAUAUGUUCCUAUUCAGUUACAAUGAUAAAACCAUGAAGUAUCUGUAUAAAGGACAGCGAGGUCUCCAGUCCUUCUUGGUGGUUGUAGCUCUGCUGUGUGUUCCAUGCAUGCUUGUGGUGAAACCACUCAUACUGCGCCAUCAACAUUUGAGGAGAAAACAUUUGGGGACACACAACUUUGGAGGAAUAAGAGUUGGGAAUGGACCAACCGAGGAGGAUGCUGAGAUAAUCCAACAUGAUCAGCUUGAUACCCAUUCAGAAGAUGGAGAGGAAUUUAACUUUGGUGAUGUUGCCGUACACCAGGCGAUCCAUACCAUUGAGUACUGCUUGGGAUGUGUUUCUAACACUGCCUCCUACUUGCGGUUGUGGGCACUGAGUCUGGCUCACGCACAGCUCUCUGAAGUGUUGUGGACGAUGGUUAUGCACAUUGGACUGUCAAUAAACAACUUUGGUGGAUCUUUUCUCCUCUUCUUCAUAUUUGCUGCUUUUGCUGUGCUGACAGUGGCAAUUCUUCUCAUCAUGGAGGGUCUUUCUGCAUUUCUGCAUGCUCUUCGUUUGCACUGGGUUGAGUUCCAAACUAAAUUCUACUCUGGUUCUGGUUACAAAUUUGUUCCCUUCUCCUUUGAAAGCAUACUUGAAGGAAAGUUUGAAGAGUAGAACCGACGGUGUAUUACGUUUCAAGAUCUGUCUGCUUGUGGUUUGUAAAUGUAUGGUUUGUGAUGUGCAUUUAGAUCAUGUAAUUUAUGCCCUUUGUAUCCUAAUGCAAUGUUGUAGCUGAUGUUGUUGUUACUUUUCUGCAUGCACUGAAACCAAAUGUUUUCCUUGUGUGAAUCAAUGCAGUUAUGAAGUGUGACUAUUGCAUUGAACUGAAUUUGUCCCACUCAAUGUUCACGUAAUGAUUUCUUGCAGUGUAAUUGUACUUUGGUAAACACAUUCAUAUAGAUAAGCUGUUCACUUUGUGUCUUGGAAAGGCUGGGACUAAUCUGACAGUAUUGCAGUAUUAUACCUCCUAGUAAUUCUAUACAAUGUGGGAUAAGACUUGUAACUAGCUACAGAUUUAUUUAUUUAACUUUGUGGGAAGUGAAGGGCAAGAUGUACUUCAGGGAAAAGAUAGGUGGGCAUUAGAAUACAGCAUUUCGAAUGUAUUCUUGACCACCAAAUAUUAAAAACACUAUGAUGUGUAACUUAUGAUUCAUUGUAGGAGGCAUGACCAUCUGUGGCCACUAUCAGGGUGAAGGUUCGGUGUGUAAAGCACUACAAUGUAUGGAAAUGUAUUAAUUUGAUGACAAAGUGACUUCACUUGUUGCUAAACUUCAGAGGAAGGCUUUUCUGAAACUGUGUUCGUGAUGCCACCUUUAGCAACCAGAGUUAAUCAUCUUGCAAUGUAAAGAAAGUCUAAAAUGACCCCUAAAUCACUUCAGCAACAUUGUAUCAGGAGGAGAAUUGUUCUGGUUGCUGUGCAGUUUCACUUAUUUAUGUUUUUUUUCCUCCCCUCUGGUUCAGUUGGAAAUAUUAAUCAAUUUGAACUGUACACUUUAGAUCGGCAUCUCAGUUACUUGACUGAACAAACUUCCCAUAUCUUCCCCACAACCCAAGUGACAGAUUUUUAAUUCUGGCCGCAACCACUUUUGUCCUGUCAUUAAGGUUUCAACUUCAUAUCACCUCGGUUUAAAGGGAGCAUUUGGAGUACAGAGGGGAGAAAGUGGAACAUUCUGUUGAUUUGGAUAAAGUUUUAAUCCAUUUGUGGUGGCUGAUUGAGAUCUUGGUAAUUCUUGGAUGCCUAAAAAUAUAAAAAUUAACUGUUAUCUGGUUCAGUUAUGGAAUUUUACAAGACAAUCAUACCGGUUGCAGCAAACUAGUUACCCCGCCCCCUUACAUUGUGCAGGUGAGCUGAAUACCAUCAAUGAAAAGCUAUUCCUCUUGGUGUUGGUAUUAGCCCAAAGCUAUCUUUGUAUCUCCAGGUUUCCAAGAAAAUAUCAAGUUGAAAUCUUCAUACUGAUUUUUUUUUAUUAUUGCACGCAUUGGGCUCUUGAACAUGUUGAACAUAGCAUAUCCAAUUCAAGGUUCCGUAAAUGGUACGCCUUUGAUUUCUAAAAUGAUUAACUCGGCUGCAUCUACAAAAAAAUGGAGCAGUUUUAUGCAUCAGUUGAAUAGAUCUCUCAUGAUUAAUGGCUUUUGUUGGCCCUUGGGUUAUUUUUGUGAAAUUGUAGCACCCUGUGUUAAGUUUCAUAUUUUUGGAAUGACCAAAUUAAUGGACUCCUUUGGUUAAGAGUCAUACAGGUUUAAGACUCUUCAGAUAUAAAUCUGACAUGUCCAAUACAGCAGCUGUUUAUAAUUUAUAUUUGAAUGUUAUUUUUAGCGGAUUAAAAUAACAUUAUUUCCCUGCCAGUUCCUCUUACAGGUCUCUCGACACCAUUUUUGGUUUGAAUUCUAUAUUGUUGAUGAUCAAUCUUCUUAAUUUUAAUUGAAUUAAUUAUCUAUUUCAAGAUUUUGUAAAUGAAAUAACCCUUCUUAAACCUUAAUGGUCAUUGAAUCCAGAUUUGUCUUUCUAUUUGGAUCAUAAUUUGCAUUAUUGUCAUGACUGUUAAUUUAACUGAAUGUUAACACAAGUUUCUCCCUGUACCUUUGUCUUUGGCAUUUACUUUAUGUAAUGAAAUUGGUAUUGGGAUGAUAUAGUUGUUGAAUAUUGGAAAUUCUGUUCCAAUAAUUGUAUUGCCAUUGUAACUUGCAUGGUAUUCUCUUUAUGUUGUGUACAAAAUUCCAUGGCCAAAUUAAAGCUAUGUGUCCUCAUUGUUUUAAUCAAAUGAUUUGCACUCAAAAUAUUUGCAUAUCUUGAAACAUUUAGACGAUUAUAAUCUCUUUCACUUUCUUGCUCUGCUGCAAUAUUUGCUUUUAGAAUUAGAUGCUACUCUAGUUUCUGAUUAUACUCUUUCAUACAAUGGAUCAAGAAGCCCAUUGAUUAAAACUAGUAGUAUAUGCUUAUGGGACUGCUUUGACCUGUUGCACAAUGAUCAUGUUCCAUGUCAUUAUGGUGUGGAGGAACGGAUAGAAACAGCAUUAAAUAAUAUUGUAGUUAUGCUUGUGUAUAUAGUGCUUUUUGUCAGGAGAAGUCAACCUUUGUACUUUUCAAUAUAUUCUGUUCUGGGUGAAAAGAAAUGACUAUCUUGUUGAUUACCCUGUCCUUCAACCAACCAACCAACCUGGACCCCUGACACCAAACUAUCAAUGUGUCAAACAUCGUGCAAGCAUUAAAUUCCAACUUUAAAAUGUCACAUUAAUUUUGUGUAUGUACUUUCAUAAUGGCUGAGCCGCAACUAAUGAAUCCUCCCUGUCUGUUGAUAUUUGUUUGCUGUUGUGAUUUCUUGUUUACAUAUUUUGACUGUUUACAGUUAGUGAAUGUGUGCCCAACUGAAGCUGAAAGUUCUUUAGUCACCUUAUUGUGAUUAUUUAGGAAUUAUUCCAAUCUGUUGAAGCUUGUGCAUAAGGUCAAUGUAUAUUUGAACAUAGAAUAAAAACAUAGUGGAAUGUAAAAA